AUGAAGUGUUUAUUCAUUUUCUAUGUGUUAUUAUCCCAAAAUCUAGUCGACAGUAUUCUAGAUUUAGACUUGAACGAUUACUAUUCUUCCUAUUUGGAAGACCCUGAAAUGACUCAAAAACAUUGUGUUUGUGUACCGUUUUGGCAGUGCAACGACGAUUUGAGUGACUUGGACACCGAUAUUGAGAUUAUCGAUGUGAGAUUACACGAACCAAAAAGUCCUUCGGCUUGUACCGGAUACUUCGACGUUUGUUGUAAAGUGGAAUGUGGAAGACGCGAAAGUUCUAUUGAAAGUGCAAUCAUGGAAAAUCGAAUAUUGGGUAAAAAUAACCGGGCGGAUUUCGCUGAAUUUCCUUGGAUGUUGGGUAUUUUAAAAGGCCAAGCUUACAAGUGUGGUGCUUCAUUAAUACAUCCUAAAGUAGCCUUAACCGCUGCCCAUUGCGUUCAAGCUAAAGCAAAAUAUACUAUUAGAGCUGGUGAGUGGCACUGGGAACACUCCAACGAACCAUUACCUCAUCAAGAUAGAGAGGUGGAAAGUAUAAUUACUCAUCCAAGAUUCCAUCCAGGAUCUUUAAGGAACGAUAUUGCCCUUCUUAUUCUAAAUGCACCCUUCAAGCUCACCAAAAACGUUGGAAUUGUUUGUUUGCCUCCACGUAAUCUUAGAGUGGACAUUAAACGUUGUGUAGCUUCAGGAUGGGGUAAAAAUUCAUUUAGAAAAGGCUCUUAUCAAGCGGUAUUGAAAAAAGUUACUUUGCCCAUAAUGCCAAGUAGUCAAUGCGUCACAGUUCUAAGAGACGCCAUGCUAGGGCGAACUUUUACCUUACACGGAAGCUUUAUUUGUGCAGGAGGCGAACCUAAUAAGGAUACUUGCAAAGGCGACGGAGGCGGUCCUUUAAUUUGCCCUAUACUAGGACAAAAUGGUAGAUAUGAACAGAUUGGUAUUGUUUCGUGGGGUCUUACCUGCGGUCUCUCCAAUACACCAGGGGUUUAUGUUAAUGUGAUGAUAUUCUCAGAAUGGAUUGAUACUGAAAUGAUUCGGUUGGAUUUGGAUAUUGACCUUUAUAAAUAUAAGUAUUGA